AUGCUGCGGGGAGUCACCGUGGACCCUCGCCCUCUCACGACCUACAAGCCCGAUUCAUACCGAAUCUUAUCCUUGAACUGCCAUGGUCUCAACAUCCCGGAGCACAGGACACAACUCCUACGGGACCUCUACAACAGACGUAUAUCUAUAGCCUUUCUGCAAGAGACGCACUUCAAAGAGGGUGCAGCCCCAAUGCUGAAAAGUAAGCACUAUCCCAACGCCACCUGUAAUAACCAUCCAACAGCCCACAGGGCAGUGGUUGCUAUCCUCCUAGAGGCAAAGCUACAAUUCCGCGAAGCAGACUGA